AUGUCGGCCACAGAGAGAAGAUUCAGCGUUUCAUCGGGACCUUCUGACCACUCCAAGAAGAACAAUGUUGAUGUCAACGUUGUGGACCUUGAAUCUCUCGAUGCUGAGAUCCAGCCUGAGCCUAUUGACGACUACAUCUUUGGUAAGGACAGGAACCUCAAAAGAGGACUCAAGCAGCGUCAUAUUCAGAUGUUGACGUUGGUUGGCGUUUUUGGUACUGGUCUUUUUUUGUCAAGUGGAUCAACUUUGCACUUGACCGGUAAUGUGGGUAUGGUGCUCUCGUACUUGUUUAUCGGAAUAAUUGUUGGUUUGAACCAGCUUGCCCAGAUUGAAAUUUCUUGUUUGAUGCCGGUUACAGGAGCUGUUAUUCGACACGGUGAGCAUUUCGUGGAUCCUGCUUUCUCAUUUGCUCUUGGGUGGAUCGGAAUCUACUCAUCUAUCAUCCCUAGUGAGUUUUCUGCAACAGCGCUUAUUAUGAAUUACUGGAGUGACUUGAAUCCGGCUGUCUGGAUCACGGUCUUUUUGGCUGUGAUCAUUGCAUGUAAUUCGUACAACAUUCGCUUUUACGGUGAGAUUGAAUUUUUCUUUGGCUGUCUCAAGGUGUUCUUGAUUCUCGGGCUUAUCAUUUUUUGCAUCACCAUGGACUUGGGGGGUGUGAAGAAUGUCGACAGAAUCGGGUUUCGUUACUGGAAGGACUCCCCAUUUCGAGAGUAUUACACUGACGGCAGCCUUGGAAAAUUUCUUUCUUGGUGGAAGGCUUCUGGUUCUGUGAUCUAUUCCUACGGUGGAAUCAGUGGUAUUUCAUACUACGCUGGUGAAACCCAAAACCCAAGACACUCCAUCUACCUCGCCGGUAAGAGAAUCUUCUUCAGAGUAUUCACCUUCUACAUGCUUACGGUGUUUGGGCUUACGCUUAUCUUGUCUGCCGAACACCCGGACAUUGCAAAUGGUACUGGCGAUUCCAAUGGAUCUCCUUUCGUGAUAGCCAUCAAGGAUGCCGGUAUUCGUGGGCUUCCCAGUGUCAUUAACGCCGUUGUGUUAACUUCUGCGUUCUCCGCCUCCAACUUGGGUAUUUUGUUGACAUCCAGAAACUUCUUUGCAUUAGCAGCCAAGGGCCAGGCUCCAAAGAUCUUCCUCAAAACCAACAAGCAUGGUUUGCCCUACUAUGGUGUCAUAUUGGCUCUCUUGUUUUUGACGUUAGCUUACAUGAAUGCUAGUUCAGGUGCAGCUACUGUUUUUGGCUGGUUCCAAAGUCUCACAAGUGCCAAUUUGCUUGUGAACUGGAUUGCCAUUUCCAUAAACCAUAUUGCGCUUCAGAGAGCGUUAAAGGCCCAGGGCUACUCCAGAGACGACUUGCCAUACAAAAUGCCAUUUGCUCACGUUGGAGCGUACGUUUCGUUAUUCUUCCUUGUCAUUCUUCUCUUGACUGGCGGAUAUCACAACUUCUUGAAUGGCAACUUCAACGUCUCCUCCUUCAUCAGUUCCUACUUUGUGAUCCCGCUCUACUUGGUGUUGUUCUUGUUCUGGAAGUUCUUCAAGAAAACGUCAUUGAAGAAGCCCGAGGACGUGGAUUUGAUGAGCUUAUUCAAGCACGUUGAGCAGAACCCCGAACAGCUUCCAGAGAAAAACCGUGGUUGGAGGGUGGUUAAGUACUUGUGGGAGUAG